CCGCCUGGUUGUGUACGUUUGGAAAGAGAGAGAUAAACAGAGAGAGAGAGAGAGAUGCAGCCGAGUGGCGGUUCUGAUCCGCAACAGCAGAGCCAGCAGCAGCAGCAGGCGGCGGCGGCGGUGGCGGCGCUGCAGCAGCAGUGGGUGGCGAUGCAGUAUCCGGGGGCGGCGAUGGUAAUGCCGCACCAGAUGAUGCCGAUGCCGCUGCCGCAUUAUCCACCGCACUACAUGCCCUACCAGCCCCCUCACUACCACGUUCCUCGCCAAUACCAGCCCCAGCCGCAUCAGCCGCAAGGAUCCAACGGCGAGAAUCGCACGAUCUGGAUCGGCGACCUCCAGAAUUGGAUGGACGAGGAUUACCUGCACAGCUGCUUCGCCUCCACCGGCGAGGUUUCCUCCAUUAAGGUUAUUCGAAACAAGCAGACUGGUUUAUCUGAAGGCUAUGGUUUUGUGGAAUUCAUUUCCCAUGCUGCAGCCAAUAAAGUACUACAAAACUAUACCGGCAAAGCAAUGCCUAAUACUGAACAAACUUUUCGAUUGAACUGGGCUACAUAUAGCAUGGGUGAUAAGCAGUUACAUAAUGGUUCUGAUCUUUCUAUAUUUGUAGGAGAUUUAGCUUCAGACGUUACCAACAACUUGUUACAUGAAACUUUUGCUAGUAAAUAUCCUUCUGUAAAGGCUGCUAAAGUUGUCAUUGAUGCCAAUACUGGUUGUUCAAAAGGUUAUGGUUUUGUAAGGUUCGGAGAUGAGAAUGAAAGAUCACAAGCCAUGACUGAAAUGAAUGGUGUAUACUGUUCAAGCAGGCCAAUGCGCAUUGGUGCUGCAACACCCAGGAAAUCAUCUGGAUAUCAGCAACAGUAUUCUUCUCAAGGUGGGUAUGUAUCAAAUGGUGCUUCUACUCAGAGUUCCCAGCCUGAUGGAGAUUCUACAAACACGACUAUAUUUGUUGGAGGGCUCGAUCCUGAUGUCACAGACAAAGAUCUUAGAAACACUUUUUCCCAGUAUGGCGAGAUAGUUUCUGUGAAAAUUCCAGUUGGGAAAGGAUGUGGUUUUGUACAAUUUGCUAACAGGAAUAAUGCUGAAGAGGCAUUGCACAAAUUGAAUGGUACAACAAUUGGCAAGCAAAAUGUGCGGCUUUCAUGGGGGAGAAAUCCAGCAAAUAAACAGUUGAGAGCUGGCUUCAGCAACUCAUGGAGUGGGGCAUACUAUGGAGCGCAAAUUUAUGAUGGCUAUGGAUAUACUCUGCCACCGCCACCACAAGAUCCAAGCAUGUACGCUGCUGCAGCUGCCGCCUAUGGGGCUUAUCCUAUCUAUGCCACCCACCAACAGCAAGUAAGCUGAAUAGCUUAUAGCUUGCUACUGAACCAACAGAGAGAAUGUUUAGUUCUAGUGGUCGAGGCCAUCCACUUGUCGUGGCUUUAUUUAUCUUCUCAUUUCUCUGUUAGGAGUUGAUCCUGUGCAAUCCUCUCCAAAUAUGGAGUGGAACUGAAUUUUGGUAACACGAGGUAGUUUUUAGGGAUUUUUAUUUUAAUUAAACAUUCGUUUAGAAGUGCGGAAUUUGACAUGAAACUUUUUUAUUGUAAUAAAAUGGAAUGUGGGUAGCCUGUUUCCAGAA